CUACUAUUACACUACAGCCCUUUUUUUACGGCUACGCAAAUGUUUGAAUAUUCGACUUGAGGGGCUUUCUUGAGCGAAUUUGCAAGUUCUUUGACAUAUUUUUUUCACGUGGCGCUUCUUUAUUUCGCUUUUGCUUUUGUUUUUGUGUUACUACCUACGACGAUAUUCUUGGGUUGGGAUUAGAUGAUUGGAGAUGUUUUUUUGGGAUAGGGUUGGGAAAGCGAAUGGGUAUCGUUGUUCUUGUUUGUUUGGUUUGGGUUCUUUGGGCCCCAAGGAGUUUUUUCUUCUUGUCUUACUUCUUGUCCUUGUUCUUGUUCAGAGAUAUCUAUGGCUAUGUCUAUGUCUAUCUACCUGGUAUUUGUCUGGCGAUUGGUUCGUUUCCUCUAGUCAAUGUUUUUUAUGCGCUUUUUGCAUACGUAGGUAUAUAUAUAUGGCGUCUAGGUCUAGGUCUAGGACUGUAGCGGGUAAUUCUUCUCCCUGUUUUUGAAUCGUAUUUUUGUUGAAAGAAAUGCAUUUGGUAUUCGUGAACUUGGCUUUUGGCGGGCUUUGCGUGCGCACUUGGAUUUACUCUCGAAAGGAAAGUA